AUGAGAGGCUUCCCGAGGGGAGUGGUUACAUCCUUGUUCGACACCCCCGAUCAGCUGCCCAAGUAUCUCAAUGGCCUGGACAUCCACAUCCUUGACAUUGCAUCCAUGACCAUCUGCGAUGGCAAGUGCGACCUGGCCCUCCUCGUCGAGUGUGUCCCGGAGGGGGAGGACAACUGCAACCGUGACGGCAAGCUCAACGUCGGCAACAACAACAAGGGCAUGCGCAACACUGGCAACAACAACGUCGGGGAGCACAACCUCGGCUCCAACAACGUCGGCGACGGUAAUGUUGGCAACAACAACGUUGGCUCCAAGAGGUUCUGCCACAACCUGCGCCAGGACAACGAGAAGUGCUCCCUGGACAUGCUGAGGACGGCGGACACGGUGGAGCUGAAGACCGACCCCAACCCCCCGGCGCCCCCGGCACCCAAGAUCUCGCCGGCGCCAGUCCUGCCCCCAGGCCAGAUGGCACCCCCCCCACCCUCACAUGACCUGGUCAUCGCCAGCGCCAUCAGCUACAAGCUCAACGACAAGCAGACCGGGUACCAGGUGUACGUCACCGCCGCACAGCCGAUGAAAAACAUCCAGCUGACCUUCCAGGACGGUGACCGGCCGGAUGCGUACGGCACGUGCCUCCCUGUGGGUCUGAACAUCAAGUGCGAGGCCAUGACCUGGGGUGACUACAGCGACGGCAGGGUGAUCGCGGCGGGGCAAACGCUGUCCAACCAAUACAUCCACGCUGACAAUGCCAUCCACAUCACCCGUGCACCUGCUCCCCCCUCCACCGCCUAG